GGAGGAGAAGGAAAGUGAUCCGAGAGGAGGAAUGAGAUCUGGAGGAGUCGCGCUGCUUUCACUCAUCUCUUACCGGGGAGCCGUCCGCCUCUCCUCCUCCUCCUCCUCAUCCUCUCCGGGUUAUCCUCUAACUUUCUCCUCCAGCCUGAAGGAUUGGGAGUAAACUUGGACCUGGGAGAGUUGCGGAAUGUGAGAACGCUGCGUUUCCUGCUCCGCUGUAAACCACCGAUUCAGACUUUAUUUCCCCUCUCUGACCCGAGACCUGAACAUGGCCAUCAACACGGACACCGACUUCCUCAAGUCCAGCUUGGGAGAGGGAGGCGGCGGCGGCGCGCAGUCCGCGGACUUCCACGAGACGGAGAAGCUGCUGGCGGUGACCACCGAGCCGGGGGGCACCGGGAUGAAGCUGUCCACCUCCUUCACCGCCAGCGCGGCCGGGGACAAGGGCCCGGAGGCCGACCUGAACGGCCACGGCGUGGCGGUGCGCUCGGGCUCCGCCGGGCAGCUGGCCGCCGCCGCCCCCCUCUCCCCCUCCAAGGCCAGCCUGAGCCGCUCCUCCACCGGGAACGCCACCGUGCAGGAGAGCCCCAAGCCCCGGGACUACCUCAUCCUGGUCAUCUUCUCCUGCUUCUGCCCCGUGUGGCCCGUCAGCAUCGUGGCUCUGGUCUACUCCAUCAUGUCUAGAAACAGCCUCCAGGCCGGGGACAUCGAUGGAGCCCGGAGGCUGGGCCGUCUGGCCCGUCUGCUCAGCAUCGUCUCCAUCGUCCUGGGCGUGGUCAUCAUCGUCGUCUACAUCUCAAUUUCAGUAACUCAGCACUGACAUGGACGCCCGAAAGGAAGAAAAAAAUGAAGCAGAAUCCACCAAUAAGACAAGGAAGAAACUCCAUUCCAAAAAAAAAAAAAAACGAUGCUCUUCAUAACUUUACGUCAUGCUGUAAUUCCAUUAUGUCUGCCCACAAAAAGCAAAAUAAGAAGGCGACUCAUGAAGAGACCGUCGUGCAGCGAGCAAACCAGUGAAAAACCCUUCAGAGAUGCAUGCAGUAGAAUCCAGUAACAUUUGCUUGACAAGAAUCACAGAAAUCCAAAUGUAAGUCACUCAGGCGUGGACAGAGGACGAAGAAAAUGUCCGUCUGCGUGUCGCCAGAAGGACUCAGUGACGAUUCUGUCUGGACUUCUGAGAAAGAAGAGGACAGGAGAGCCAGCCGUUCCUUUUUACGGGAUUCCAUUGGACAAAUGAAAAAAAACGCAAAACAGCUUCAAGGUUUUGUCCUUUAAACUUUGGACGGCUUCAUGUAAUCCUCAUGUAUUCUUCACCGAACCUCUGCAUUCAAAGUAUAUACAGCUGCAAAUAUAUUUGACAUCAUGAUGUAUGAAUCUAUAGAAAUCUACACACUGUAUAUGUAACAUUUUCUAAGACGUUUGUAUGCCAAGUGGUGCUGGGUUUGUUAAGACUGUCACAAUAAUGGCUGCCUGGACGGCAUUCGAUCCGUGGAAAUUCAAGGGUUC